GGCUGGACUCUAUCGAACCCAAGACUGGCAAUUUAUCCCUAUCAGCUGAGAGAGACCAUAUUGCCUUCGCUUCAUGUCUGUUGUUGCUAACACUCUCUUCUUCGCUAUAGCCAGUGAUGACGUUCCUUAAUUUCCCAUGACCCAACUGUCUGUCCUUCUUCCCUCUUCAACAAUGGCUGCUUCUUCGGUCUUCUUUCACUCCUCAACCAAUGUUCGUGGUCUAUCUUUGGUCGACAGGCACAAAUUUCCAUUCAAGCAUUUCGACAAACAGGUGAAGUCCCGUUUGGCGUUCCUUAAUUCUCCCUUUCAUCUAAGGCUUACUCCCUUGAUAACUCCUCCAAAUGGUUUUACUAAUUCGCAUGUAACGUCCCUGUUCUCAAGAACGACGAGAACCCUGCUCAAAUGCUCAUCUUCUGAUGCAGUUAGCUCAGAAUCCCAGAACCCAUUUCUUAAACCCUUUGAAUUUGUCUCGUUUGAUUCAUUGCAAGGUACCCUUUCUCGAAUAACCCCUUUUGAUGUUGUCAAGUGGUCUGGGGUGUUAUCGAUUACAAUUGCAGCCAUGAAAUGGUCUUUGAAUUUGUUUUUCAACCCCUUUUUCUGGAUGUACUUCAGCUGGACUUGGUUGUUUUGGCCCUGGGUUGUGGCUAUUACGAUGGCUGCCUAUGGAUUAUACUGCUUGAGAAAGCACCUACUUGGGGAAGCUAACAUAUACGAGCAACUUGCUGUUGUUACUUCCCUAUUCACUUGGCUCACCCUUGUCCCGCCUGCCCAUUUCAAUGGAUUCCUUGAAGGAUGGCCUUUUGUGUUCUUCUUUGUAUACCACUACUUCUUUUUCUUCAAUGUUAGCAUUCGAAAAAGGUUAUAUGGAGAUUACUUUGCUCGUCCUCAUGACCCCAAGUGGGAUGUGAACAUGCCAAACUUGUAUCGGUUACUGUUCUUUGUGGGUGUCAUGGCUGGACAUUGGCUUGCUGCGUUUGAAGGACCAGAACUUCAUCAAGUUCCAGGCGGGUGGAGUAAUGUUGGCAUUUGGAUUUUGAUACUGGUAACUCUCCUGACUCAUUACAAUUCGUCAUUGUAUCUUGCAAAGUACUCGGAGAAGGUAGUGGUGCCUACUGCUGUUGUGCAGUUUGGACCAUAUCGGUGGGUUCGCCAUCCAAUAUAUGCAUCCACAAUGCUCCUUUUUGCCGCUUACUGCGCUGCCCUUCGUGCGCCUGUAAGCAUGCUUUUUACAGUGGCAGUUUGUUCACUAUAUUAUGGCCAGAAAGCAAAAUCAGAGGAGGCUCUGAUGGUUGAAACUUUUGCAGAGGGGUAUGUAGAAUAUGCAAACAAAGUUAAGUACAAGUUUAUUCCGUUUGUUUAUUAGUUUACUUGCCAUCAUGGCUCAUAAGCAGUUAUGGUUGAAUUUCAAAUUUUACAUCUGAGCUUGAUUUACAUUUGCAAAGUGAACAUUGUAUGAAUGAAAUUCAUCAUAGUUUACCCUGCUGGGAUACAAAUUUGAAUUAAAUCAUCUCAUGGUUCCUCCC